ACAAGGGAGAGGGACGAGUUCUUAUUUUUAUUCAAUUUUUAUUAUUGGAGAAGUGCGGCUCUCUUUUUCUCGCCGCGUGUUAUCUGUCUUCCUAUGAUUUUGUUUGCGUAAAUUGCUCAGUCAAUGUACAUAAUAUAUUUCAAUGCCAUUGUUAACCUUCGAGGAAGAAACCAUCCAUCAUUAUUGACCAGCUUUUUCUUUCUCUCUCGCUCACAACCAUCAAUAAGCUGCGUAAGUGUGCCCGAAGGCUAACUCGUAGGCAGAGGCACAGAGAGGCCGUUGCACCAGCGAUAUCAUUUUCCAAUGCACGCGAAUUCGUGCUGUCAUUGAGCGCCGAGCUGCCGCCGCAGCAGCAACAGAGACCGACACCCGCUGCGCGAGUGUCAUUUGCAAGCAGCAAGCGUGACAAACUUGCAGGAAGGACUACUUGUCAGUUCUCCGAAGCUCAAAGGGUUAGACAUGGGCUCAUCAGCGGAUGACUCGAUGAGAUCGAUCUGGCGAAACGCCGACGCCGUCUGCUUUGACGUUGAUUCGACAGUCUGUCAAGACGAGGGCAUUGACGAACUGGCAAAGUUCUGCGGAAAAUAUGAUGAAGUGUCAAAAUUAACAAAGGAAGCAAUGACUGGCAAAAUGGAAUUCAAAGAAGCACUCAGGAAACGACUGAGCAUCAUUCGGCCCACACUCAACCAGAUGAGAGACCUGAUCAGGACACGACCUCCGAAGCUAACACCUGGAAUCAGGGAGUUGGUAUCGGCGCUUCAGCACCGCAAAAUUCCUGUUUACUUGAUCUCUGGUGGGUUUCGGGGUCUCGUCGGCCCCGUUGCUUUGGAGCUCAACAUUCCUCUGCAAAACAUUUACGCCAACAGGCUGAAAUUCUUCCUAAAUGGCGAGUAUGCUGGCUUUGACGAGGAGGAGCCGACGAGCCGCAGCGGCGGCAAGGGCGAGGUCGUCCGCUAUUUGAAAGCCAAAAAUGAAUACACGAAUGUCGUGUUGAUCGGCGAUGGCGCCACCGACCUGGAAGCCUGUCCACCCGCCGACGCGUUUAUCGGUUUCGGCGGAAACGUGGUGCGCGAAGAGGUGCGGGCGAAGGCCAAAUGGUUUGUCACCGAUUUCCAAGAGCUGAUCAACGCACUGGAUUGAAAAAAAAAUCUGUUAUCUGCAUCAGUCUUUUUGAUUCGCGCCCCCCUUUCCAACUUUCUGUGAUCAAUGUCAACCUUUCGAGCAACCUUUUCUCAACUUUUAUAGAAGAUGCAAUAAUCAACCCUUAUCUUUGACUUCCAAAGGAAUAAUAUGUGUUCAUCAGUCUUGUAGAACAAACAAUGUUGAUUAAACAUUUAUGUAGUAAACUGAAACUCUUGCAUAUCUCGCAGAAAUAUAUUGAUGUUUACAGAAUGAAUUAAUCAAGUGAAAAUGCAUAAUGGGAUUAAUUUUGCAAUCUCAAAUUUAAUAUAUUUUAUUGGAAAUUAUUUUCAACGUGGGCAUGGAAUUUUUAAUUCCAGUCUGUUUCACCCCUUCAAAAUCAAGAAAAGAUUGACGAAUUUUGCAUUUUGAGUUAAAUGAGGAAAUUUUAAUUUUAUUUAUGACACUCCACUUUUGUAAGAACAAAAGGCUGGUGCCUCACAGUAUUUCUUCAACACUACUUGCGUAAUCCAUUUAUCCCUUCAGUUUAGAGCAAACCGCAAUGAGGUCAUAAUUUUUAGCAACGUCUGGAAUAUUUACAUUGUGCUUUUAUUGUACGGUGUUAACGGUGUCGUACGUUGUUGCUCAAAUCAACUUAUUAGUAGAGUAUUUAAAAAUCUGUAUAUGAAUUAUCAAACAUAUUAUGCAGAUUCAUCCGAACCUGAUAAUCUCUAGUGGGAACAUUUACAGUGCAUUUAUAUUUUAAAAUGUGACUGAGUAUGUGUGAUAGAAAUCAUGGAAUAAUAAGCCUUCAAAAUAAAGAUUCUAGCACGGCAGGUGCACGGUUAUAUUAUUUUUAAGAGUCUCCAAAUUAAUAUUUUGUUAAGUUUUCACGCGUUUUUUUCCCUCUUGAUAUUCGGCUGUUUUUAAUAUUUUGGGCUAGGAGACUGAGAUAAUGUGUUUCAUAAAAGAUCAACAGUCACAUAUUUUAAUAUACUCCUAUCUACCGUAAAUAAAUUUGACCAAGAACCUUUAGAAAAUGAAAAAAAAACAUUUAAUGCGGGAAAUCUUAAUAUGAGACGAAAGGGCAAUCAGUUGUAGCAACCAAGGACACGAGCUGUCUGCUCUCAUAAUUCUAGAC